CUCACUCAGACAUUGGUUGGUUACCAACGUCUCAUUUUUAGGUAAGGAGUACAUCCAUCUUUUUAAAGAAAUGUUUCGCAUGUUUGUUCUGUUCGGUUUGUGCUGUUGGCAACUGGCCGGUGUGUUCGGUGAUUCAGUGUCAGUGAUGGAGGGAGAUUCUGUCACUUUAAACACUGACGUUAUCGACGAUUACAUGCUGUGGAAAUUUGGGGCUGAAAAGUCUCUCAUUGCUAAAAUACAAAAAAGCAAGAAUCGGUUGUCCACAUAUGAUGGUCCUGAUGAGAGAUUCAGAGACAGACUGAAGCUGGACGAUCAAACUGGAUCUCUGACCAUCACGAACAUCUCGACUCAACACGCUGGACUCUAUAAACUACAGAGAAGUGGAGCAAAACUUACAUCGAAAACAUUCAGUAUUUCUGUCUAUGUUCGUCUGCCUGUUCCCGUCAUCAGCAGUAACUCUACAAACUGUUCAUCAUCAUCUUGUUCAUUGUUGUGUUCGGUGGUGAACGUGAGUCAUGUGACUCUCUCCUGGUACAAAGGAAACAGUUUAUUGUCCAGCAUCAGUGUGUCUGAUCUCAGCAUCAGUCUCUCUCUACCUCUGGAGGUGGAAUAUCAGGAUAAAAACACCUACAGCUGUGUGAUCAACAACCCCAUCAGAAACCAGACCACACAUCUGAACAUCAGUCAGCUCUGUCAGACAUGUGCAGAUGAAGGCCUACCUUUACUAAACGUAGUGCUGAUUUCAGCCGCUGCCUUCGGGUUUCUAUUGAUUGUACUUGCAGUCCUCUGCAUCUUCUGCGUCUGCAAGAAAAGUCGAAAAACAGUUAUUGUUAAGGCAGUCUACAGACGGAAAGAAGAGAGACGGGAUUCAGAAUUGUGUAAAACAAAAACAAAGCAAAAGAAAUCGAAGAAGGAGGCUGUUUAUGAAAAUGUUCCUAAAAGACGAUGAUCAAAUAAUCAAAUUUUAUAUGUAUUUAUCUGAGAAAAUGUUCUAUUUUAGUUGAUCAGGAAAUGUACGUACAGUGAUGUCCAUUAUUAAACAUUUCAACCUUCACUCUCUUCCAUCC